AUGCGAUAUACAUUGUUGCUCCAUUCGCAUGUAGAUUAUGUAAGACUUAUCUUUAAAAGACAUCCGGACAUUGCAGUAGAGUUCCGUGCAAAGAACCAACAUCUGAGGAACACAUGUAUGGAUUUCCUGCUCAGCUUAAUCGAUACACUGUGCCAAUCACUCGAGGAGCUCUCCAGUGAAGAUCUUAGGGAAGCAGAUGUUGCACUGACUUACUGGAAAGACGCUGGUUGUAAGGUGGAUUGGUUGGAGAAGAAGUUGGACCAUAUGAAAGUAAGGAAGGAGACAGAACAGUUUUGUUUGGCUAGGCUACAAGAAAUGGAGGACAGUUUGCUGAAGUAG